ACAUACAUGUAUAUCGAUAGGUUUAAAUAAGUCAUAAUUUUUGUUACUAAUAUAGCACUCUCGGUAAUAAAAAUUGAACAAAGCAUAAGAAUGGAGUGUUCGGUGGACUUGUCCGCAAUCGAUAUUGUUACUUACCUUACCGAGGAACUACAGCAAAAUUAUCGCAGCAACAAAAACAAUAGAGCAAAAGUAUUUGAAGAGUUUUUUGGACGAUGGAACGCAGACGACAAUUCCAUUGCGAAAGUGAAAUCCUUACAAUUUGAAUUCGAUUGUGAUUUGGAUUGGUUCAAUGUGAGUCGGCCGCUGACACUUGCCGGAUUGCAUGGCAAACUGGUUGUUCUGGAUUUCUUCACAUACUGCUGUAUUAACUGCAUGCAUGUGUUGCCUGAGCUGCGAGCUCUCGAAGAGAGAUUCACCGUUGAAAAAGGCCUCGUCGUUGUCGGCGUGCAUAGCCCCAAGUUCGAGAAUGAGCGCACAGCCGCAAAUAUUCUCUCGGCAGCGCAGCGUUAUGGAAUCAAGCACCCCAUUGUCAACGAUUCGAAGACCUCCUUAUGGCAAGCACUGAGCAUACGCUGCUGGCCCUCGCUCCUGGUACUGAGUCCGAGCGGGCUGCCGAUGUUGCUGCUGAUGGGUGAGGGACAUAGCGAAUUUCUGCACGACUUCGUCGGUGCAGCCUUAACCUAUUUUGGACGGCAGCAGAAGAUCGAUAACAGCAGUUUGCCACUGCAGCUGUCGACGGAUCUGCAACCGGCGUCGAAUCUCCGUUUCCCAGCAAAAAUAUCCCGGUUUUCGGAUCGUUAUGCUAUUGCUGAUGCGGGCAACAAUCGCGUGCUGGUCGUUACAAUUGCCGGAAUCGUGGAACAUAAGAUUGGAGGACUCGAUAAUGGAUUAGUGGAUGGCGAUUUAUUGACGGCACGGUUCAAUAAUCCGCAAGGAGUUGCAUUUCUGGAUGAGCACACACUCAUCGUGGCUGACACCGAUAAUCAUGCACUUCGACAAAUAUCUCUAAAAAAUGGAAUUGUUGAAACACUGGCAGGCACAGGAUACCAGGGCAACGAGCGUGUGGGUGGAAAAUUAGGACAAUUACAGCCGCUAUCAUCGCCCUGGGAUGUUGCAGUGUUUCGCACACGAGACAUGGACAUGUCCUUCCACGUCGACGAAUUGAAUGUGCCCGAGAAGACAAUCGUCUUGAUUGCCAUGGCCGGCACCCAUCAGAUUUGGGGCUAUUUUCCCGAAGGCAUUAUUUGGUGGAAGUUCCGCAAGUUUGAGCCACGAUGCUGUGUGUCACUGAUUGGUAACGGGCUCGAGGAGAAUCGCAACAACUCCUAUCCGCAAAAUGCCGCUUUUGCGCAACCAUCCGGCUUAGCCAUGACCAGCGAUUAUCUUUUUGUGGCGGAUAGUGAGAGCUCCAGCAUACGCAAAGCCUCAAUGGUCGAUGGGAAAGUGAUGCCAGUUGUUGGCGGAGAUCGCAAUCCAUUGAAUUUGUUUGCUUUUGGCGAUGAGGAUGGUAAACUCUAUAACGCAAAAUUGCAGCAUCCAUUGGGUGUUGCAUUCAAUCAUAUCGAUCGCAAGCUUUAUGUGGCUGACACAUAUAAUCACAAAAUCAAAGUAAUUGAUAUAGAUACCAAUAUAAUUUCAACGUUGGUAAUCAAGAACCAAGAUGACAGCAUCCUUACACUGAGAGAGCCAUCUGGCCUUUGUGUAGAUGCAAGUGGACAUCAAUUAUUAGUUGCUGAUACAAACAAUCACUCAAUUCAUAUCAUUGAUUUAACAACGAAUAAGGCUCGACGUUUUUUGCUCGACUUUAAGCAGAUUCCCUCAUCUACUAGCGAAACAGAUGCUCCGCUGAGUGCAUCGAAAGCAACUGGUUUGCAGCUAGUUAAGAGUAUUCCUCUGCUUCAGCACAAGCGCAGCACUUUAAAUUUCAUCAUCAAGCUAGCGUCGGACUUGAAGUUCACAGCAGAUGCCCCACAAAAGUGGAUGAUGCGAAGCAUUAAUCCUGCUCUAGAAAUGAAGCAAACGCGUGGUCAAUUAACGGACGGCAAAUGCAUUUUGCAAAUAAAACAUUUAGAGAAUGUUGUCCCUGGAAAUCAAAGUGCACUGGCGAUUGAAUUUUCAUUGAGUCUGUGUGACGCUAAAAGCUGCCUUAUAAAAAGAUUUACGGUUUCCAUUACCAGCGAAGAUGAUGGAAAUUUGCAUGCCAAAUCCAGUGCUGAUGAUAAUUCGCUAAGCACGGAAAUUGGAGUAUAUGUAAAUCAAUCUAAUAUUAGUUUAUGAUAGUUAAAAAAA